AUGGAAAAGCAUAUCAGAGUUCAAACAAUUUUCGAUGCUCUAGGCCACAGUUUUCCAAAGAAAGCAUUGCAGCUGUGCAUAAAAGCUAUGAAAAAGUAUCCAGAAUCUCAAAUAUUUCAAGCUUUGAAUGCACUUUCUCUUUUGCGGAUAGGACAGCAGAAAAAGGCGUUAGAAAUGUGUAAAAAUUUGAAGAAAAAUAUACCUACAGAUCAAGAUGUUUUAAGUGUUCUACAAACAGUAUUCAAAGAAUUAAAUAUGUCAAAUGAGAUAAUAGAAAUGUUUGAAAAUGCUUUAAAAAAGAGGCCGAAUGAUGAAGAAUUGGUUAGGAAUUGGUUUUUUUCUAUGGUAAGGAUAAAUAGUAUUAUUGGGCAACAAAAAGCUGCAAUGAGCCUUCAGAAGACUUUUGGUAGAAGAAAAUAUUAUUAUUGGGCUGUUAUGUCGCUUCAGUUGCUUGAAAUGAUAGAUAUGGAUGAAAGUGAAAGACGGCUCUUCCAGACUCUUGCCUAUCGAUUAGCUGUGAAAAUGGUUGAAGAAAAUAAUGAAUUAUAUAGACUAUCAUCUUCAGAAGAGUUACAUUUGUAUAUUAGUGUUUUAUUAUCCUGUGAUAAGGUAGAGGAUGUAAUAAAUGUUCUGGAAAGUGAUUUUGGAAAGCGUUUUAUGGACAUAGAUCUUUUGAGGCUUAAAUUAGAUCUUCUUUUUAAGUUGGAAAAAUGGGCCCUUCUUUUUUCCCAAUGUCGUUAUUAUAUUGAUUGUGGAAAUAAUGAUUCGAAAGUUUUUGAUAUGCAUAUUACAUCUGCGCUAAAUUUGGCUGCAUCUGACGUUUCUUCCAGUAUUGUUUUAGACUUAACAAAUUAUUAUAAAAAAAAAAAGAAAGAGUUUCAAUCUUUACGUAAUUUGUAUUUGGCUUUUUUGAAGUUAUCCUUUAUAAUAUCAGUGGAUAAUAUUAUUGAGGAUAAAUUAUGUUCUUGUAUUCAGUAUUUUGAAACUUUUAGUACAAAAACAUCUUGUUUUGAAGAUUUAAGACCUUUUAUAGAAAAAUUGGAGAGAAAAGAUCAAAUAAUGUUUUUAAUGGAUAUUAAGAAGUUUUUUAAUGAAGUCAGACUAAAAGAGAUUAAGAAAAGAGAAUAUGUGGAAGUUUUGAAGAAUGUUGAAAAGUUUGAAUAUUUUGUUAAUUAUUAUGAAUUAAUAGAUGAAAAGGCAUGGAUUGUGUUUUCAUCACGGUUAAUUCAAGAAUAUAGAGAUUCUUUGUUUUUAGAUGAUGAUUUAAGUUUUACUGACAAUCAGUAUGGUGAUGAUUUUUUGAUAUUGGCCGUACAUGCUCUUUUUAAUAUGUUUUUUAUUACACAUAAGCAGAGUUAUCUUAUAAAAGCAAUUUUGCUUUUAGAGAUUGGACUUGUUUAUAGUAAAUAUAAUUUUCAGUUUAAAUUGUUAUUGAUUCGUUUAUACUCUAUGAUAGGUGCUUUUUCCUUGGCACUUUCUAUUUAUCAAUCUUUGUCAAUUAAACAGAUUCAGUAUGAUACAUUAAGUUAUGUUUUUUUGACAAAAUGUUCAAACUAUUAUCCUUCAAAAUCUCUUCUAAAUGAAUUAAAAAUUACAAAAAGUAUUUAUGUAUCUAAUAUUAGAGAAGUUCCCGAAAUGCUUGUUUUAGCUUAUGAGAAUGGUUCAUACUCAAAUAUUGGUAAUUUUAUUGAAUUUGGGACAAGACUUAAUAAUAGUAUAUGGAGACAUAUAUUAAGAUAUGAGUUGUUGCAUUUAUCAUAUCUAAUAGAUGAUAAAGUUCUCUGCGAAAUUAUAGAAAAUAAUGGUUUUACACAAGAGAAAUAUUAUGACAAUAGAGAUUUUAAUAUAAUGUCUGAUUUUGGUGUUCUUGAAAGUGAAUCUAUACGAGUAAAAAGUAGGAUUACUUCGAUGCCUGAUGAGAAUUGGCUUAAAAUACAGGAUUUUAAAAUAUCAUUUCUUAGUUUAUUAGCAUUUGGUACUUUUGAAGACAUAAAAGUGAAAUUUAAAUCUCAUGAAUCAUUAUUAUCUGGAUUAAAAAAUGAUGUUUUAAGCAAAUUUGAAAUACAAACAAUAUUUCUUCUUGAAAUAUUUUUAUGUUUAUUGAUUGAAGAUAGUGAUCAAAAUACUUACAGUCUUCAAGAAAAUAAAUUGAAAGAAUGGAUCGAAAGAAAUUUUGUUAUUUCUUUUUUAAACGUUGUAGAUUACGAUCAUACUAUAUUAGAACAACUUGUUUUCUUAUUUGAGAGUUGUAAGAAUAUAAUAUUAUUUCAAAAUUUUGUCAAAAGAUGUCUCAAAACUCGAAAAAAGUUGCAUGCUGAAUCUGAGAAACUUAAAGAAAUAGUUAAAAAUUUUUAUAAUGAUAUUGUUUUGUCUGUUUCUUUAUUAAAAGAUAAAAUAUCUAUUAAUGUUACUGAAUUUAUUGACAUGUUUGAGUCGAAUUUUGAAUCAUUUAAGAUAAAUAAACAUUUUGUUUUGACGAAAGUAGAAAAAAUAAAUGAAAGCAGAAGGAAUAGUUUAGAUAGUCUGGAUCAUAUUAUAUGCAAUAUAAAAUUUUAA